GUGCUCCCAGGCAUAAACCUGGUUUUGUUUACACUAGCGUAUCUCACGAAUGGUUGAAGAUAUUUCUUAGCAACAAGCACAAAACUUUCAAUAUUUCUUACUGCCUUUAUUUAGAACUUUAAUUAGAAUGAUUCUGAGCAUGUGCACUGUUGCUAGGGGUAGCUGAGCUAAAUCUGCAAAAGGAUUGGCCAAUAUGCGCAUUACAUCAUAAUUUCGCCCACGCAUUCAAUUAGCUAUUUUGCAAAGACAAAAAGUGAUAACUGCUGCAAAGUACCUGUUUUCUACUUCUACAAUGCCGAAAGGGAAGAAGCGAAAUGCUCAUCUGGCUGUUGCUAGAUCUAAGAGAUCCUAUGAAUCCACACAGCCCGUUGUUUCCACUAGUUCUCAAGCUGCAACUGUGCUAGACUCAACGGAUGAAUCUCCUCUGCCAUCGUCUUCUGCAUCUGCACCAACUGCAGCAAUGCUUCUCUCUGAUCAGCCAUUAUUGGCUAAUUCUGACUCUGACUCUGAUUUCGACCCUGAAAACAAACUGAAGAAAGACCCUGCUGCUCUUCUUAAGGAGUUUAUUGACGACUGGAUAGCCUCACUGGCAAGAGAAGAUCUCUUCUCACUCUCACUUUUACUCUUUCAUAUUCUCACUGAAGAUUUUCAACUUCUUCUAGGAGCAAGCUCUAAGAUAAUUGGCCGUCAUGUGAACAAGCACCACAAAACUGUACAGAAGUGGAGAAUCGAUUUCCUCAACAACCAAGGUCAAUUACCGGAGUAUUUACGCGGCUGCUACCACAGAAGAAAUGCAAUUGCCCAGAACGAAGAGUUAUCAGAAGUGGCCACUCAACAUGUCCGGGAGAAUGCUUUCAAGAAGGGUGCCCCUAAUAUGACAGCAAGGUCAUUCUGCACGUGGGUGAACGAUGAACUAUUGCCAAGCUCCAAUCUUGAACCUGGAGCACCUCGAAAGAUCGGUGUUGAAGUUAGUCGAAACUGGCUUCACUCAAUGGGAUUCAACGUUAAACGCAUUACCAAGGGCCUGUACUAUGAUGGUCAUGAGCGAGAAGAUGUGAUAGAAGAUCGCAAGACGUUUCUGAAUGACAUGUGUCAGAAUGGGUUUCUCCUUCCCUCCAAUGCUCCAAAUGAAGAAGCCAAAGAGUUAGUGAAAGAUGUGGAACUAAAAACCAACUGGGAGAACACUAUCUUUUGGUUCCAUGACGAGAGCACUUUUAAUGCUAAUGAUGAUGAAGUCACAAUGUGGAAGGACGACACAAUGCAGGUCAUUAAACCCAAAGGAAGAGGAGCAGGAUUGAUGGUGUCUGACUUUAUUGAGGAGCGAGAUGGAUAUUUGGCCCUAUCUGAUAGCAUGCACACAACUCUGAGUCAGGGCAAUCCAACCUUAAAGCAGUCAGCGCGAGUCAUUUUUGAGUAUGGUAAGAACAAGGAGGGCUAUUGGACCAGUGAAGAUCUCAUGAAGCAAAUGGAAACGGCAGUAGCUGUAGCCGAGGCAAAAUAUCCGAGCCGAAUUUUCAACCACGUUUGGAUAUUUGAUCAUUCCUGUGGUCAUACGGCAUAUGCGCCAGAUGCACUAGUUGUAUCCAGGCUUGGCAAGAAGCCCGGAGGAAAACAGCCUGCGAUGAGGGACACCACAUGGGCUGGAAAGACUCAAAGGCUGGUGAUGGAUGAUGGAACACCAAAAGGAGCAGCACUGAUUUUGGAGGAACGUGGCAUCAACACACAAACAUUGAAACUUGCCGAUAUGAAAAUCGUACUGAGUUUCCACGAAGAUUUUCGCGACGAGAGAAGUGCUCUACACAAUCUUGUAGAAGGGAGAGGACACAUGGUAAUGUUUCUGCCAAAGUUUCAUUGUGAACUUAAUGGAAUUGAGAGAGUGUGGGGUCAUGCAAAGCGAUACACGAGAGCUCAUUGCGACUAUCGGUUCGACAGCCUUCGGCGAACAGUACCAGAAGCUUUAAACUCAAUCUCUUGUGAAACAAUUGCCAACUAUAUCAGAAGGUCCAGAAGCUAUAUGUUCUCCUAUUUGAAAGGAAGUCAGCCUGGGAAAGAAAUGGAAAAGGAAGUACAGAAAUUUGGAAAGGAAUAUAAAUCGCACCGUCGUGUUUUUGAAAAAGACUGAAGUUUGACUAUUAAUAUUUGUGCAAUCGAGAACAAUUAGCCUAAAAGCAGCUUAUUGCAUUUAAGUAUGUGUAUUUGCCUAUAGUUUACACUUGGUUUUAUGUUCACAUGUAUUUCUGUUUUUGUGUUUAUAGAGUUUUAACGAACUCAUUGAUAUUACACCAAGAAUCUAUUUUCAGUCUUGAACUGAUGUGUAUUGAAAAAAACCCUCUAUUACAUGUUAGCUUAGCAUACAUUAAGCUUGCAUUUCAAAUUUGGUUAGCAUACGACCUUCGCUAUCGAAGUAGAUAACCAAAAUAGGUAAAAUGAUUAGUGGUGCGUGGGUGGAUGUUGGUUGUUGCUAUGGAUACACUAAUUAGUUUAUAUAUAUCUUUUAUAUUCAGGGUACAUGUACGUGAAAUUUCAUUGUCCAACAGUCAAGUAUACAAAACUUGUGACCAAUCAUAUUUUUGUACAAAAAACCAGCCAUAUGCCUGGGAGCACC